CCUCCAGCGAGCCUAGAAUGGCAAUGCCACAGGACGUGGAAGUCCGUAACAAAGGCUCGCUGGCAUCUUCUUUAAGCCGGGAAGACCGAAUCUCGCAGCCAUUCACCAAACAAUGAGCCAUCGGCGACGACCGGACUUACCUCCGUCGAGAACGACGGAUCGGACCCCAAACCCCAAACUCGGCCGAGGAGAAGAAGGGGACAGAAAGGGAAAGAUAUCGUCGUCGUGGUCUUCGAGAGGGAUCGCCUCCGCUUUCUUCUCGUCGGAGAGGAGGGUAUGGGGGUUGUCGCUUGCCUUCCGAGCCACCAAUUCGCUGCUGGUCCAGACCUACUUCAACCCGGACGAGCACUGGCAGUCCCUCGAGGUCGCCCACCGCAUCGUCUUCGGGUAUGGGCAUCUGACAUGGGAGUGGAAGAGGGGGAUCCGCAGCUAUCUCCAUCCUCUGGUAUUCGCUCUGCUCUACAAGAUCAUGGCUUUCCUUCGCUUGGACACCCCAUGGUUCAUGGUCAAGGCCCCGCGGCUUCUGCAGUCCUUAUUUUCCUCGUUUGGCGAUUUAUACAUGUACAAACUCUCGAAGCUCUUAUUCGAUGAGCAUGUGGCAAGAUGGGCCUUCUUUUGUCAAUUAGUGAACUGGUUCAUGUUCUUCUGUAUUACGCGAACAUUAUCAAAUAGCUUGGAAACAGUGCUGACCAUAAUGGGACUGUACUAUUGGCUCUCUGCCAGCUGUUCUUUGGAGGAUGUUUCUACUGCAUCGAGGAAAUUGGCAUUGUUUAUAGCAGCAUUAGCUUGUGCCAUUCGGCCAACAAGUGCUAUUACAUGGUUCUAUGUAGGGAUGCUGGAUCUAGUUGGACUGCAGUCAAGAUUGGGGUUCCUCUUUCUUGAGGUAAUCCCGAUAGGGGUUCUAGUGGUUGCGGUUACAUGUUUGUUUGAUCGGUGGAUGUACGGGUCAUGGAUAUUUGUGCCUCUAAAUUUUCUUAAGUUUAAUUUCCUUUCUUCUGGAGGGGACUACUAUGGAACUCACAAAUGGCAUUGGUACUUUACUCAGGGAUUUUCAGCUAUGCUUUUGACUUUCUUACCUUUUUCAAUAUAUGGCAUCUUUAAAUCAAAGAAAUGGAGGCUUUCAGGUCUAAUUGCUUGGGUUUUAGGGGUUUAUAGUAUGCUUGGUCACAAAGAAUUCAGGUUUGUCCUGCCAGUACUUCCUAUAGCUUUGAUGUUUGCUGGCUAUUCAUUAGCAGUGAUGUCAAAACCAGAUUUUCCAGAUCCGAAAAGAAGAAACAAAUAUUGCAAUAGAUGGCCGUUAAGAGUGCAUCUGGCUGUUCUCUUCCUCAUAAUGAGCAAUGUUCCAAUGGCAUUAUAUAUGAGCAUAGUUCAUCAGAGAGGAAGUGAAGAUGUUAUGUUCUAUCUAUCUAAAGAGGCCCAUGAUGGAAAGGUGAAGAGCAUUCUAUUCCUUAUGCCGUGCCAUUCCACACCUUAUUACUCUACCUUACAUCAUAAUCUGCCAAUGCGCUUUCUGGAUUGCACUCCAAGUGACGGUAAAGAGAUCCCAGAUGAGUCGGAUCGUUUUCUGAUGGAUCCUGCUGGCUUUGCGACUGACAUGUUUGGGAAUUCAUCUUCACCCAGUCACAUAGUAUUGUUCAGUUCUGAAGAAGGAUCUUUAAGGGAGUUUCUGAUAUCACAUUCCUUUAGAGAGGUGAGGAGGUUUUUCCAUGCUCAUUUCAAAGUGGACCGUGAUCUUCAAGCAUCUGUUACUGUAUAUGCUCUCGCAGAUCUUGCGGUGACUUGAUCGGUUGGUUCUCCAUCAGCAGGCUUUUCUCGACUCUUCUAACUUUUUAUCGCUUCUAUUCAUCAAUUGGUACUUAACUGAGCUGCUUUAUUCAUUUUGAAGUCAGACUAUCUCGACUGACAACAGGAUGCAGCAUGUCCCAGGAUUCCGAUUUAAAAAUCAUCUUUUUGUGCCAGGAAAAGUUUAGAACUAUAUUCUCAACAUUUUUGUGUGGUUUAUUUUCUGGGUUAUCAUCAUGCACGAUAAAAGCUUGCUUCUACCAUUUUGACGUGUUUAUCAUGUUUCUCAUCUUUUUUGCUAGUACAUGUUAAGAUUGCUUAUUGAAGGUAAAAGACUUGGCUUGUUA